AUGAGCCGUAGCGUAUACUUUGGAGCUGGCGGAGGUGGUGGAGGUGGAGGAGGUGGCGGAGCUCAAAGUGUGUACUUCACGCCGGGUGCAGCCGGAGGAGGUGGCGGCGCGCCUAAAGCACCUAUGGGAGGCGGUGGCUACGGUGGAGGAGGAGGCGGUGGCGCCGGAGGUGCCACCAGUGCAUACAUGAUGCCUGGAGCAGGUGGCGGAGGAGGAGGCGCGCAAAGCGUGUACUUCACACCUGGAGCAGGUGGCGGAGGAGGAGGAGGAGGAGGAGGUGGCGGAGGAUACUUUUCGGUACCAGGGAGUGCUGGUGGUGCUAAGGCAGUCGAUGUCGAGCCGAAAACUGCCAUUGGGGCACCCCGAGACGAUACGAGAACCGCCAUACGACCAGUAACGGACGAAACAAGGACUGCAAUACGACCUGUGAUGGGCGACGAGACUAAAACUGCCAUUAGGCCUGUAACGGACGAAACAAGGACCGCCAUCCGACCUGUAAUGGAUGAAACAAAGACUGCGAUACGACCCGUGAUGGGCGACGAGACUAAAACCGCUAUUAGGCCUGUAACGGACGAAACAAGGACCGCCAUCAGACCUGUAAUGGACGAAACAAGGACUGCGAUACGACCCGUGAUGGGCGACGAGACUAAAACCGCUAUUAGGCCUGUAACCGAUGAAACAAGGACUGCGAUACGGCCUGUGAUGGGCGACGAGACUAGAACUGCUAUAAGGCCUGUAACAGACGAAACUAGGACUGCGAUACGACCUGUGGCCAUGGACACGACAAAGACUGCAAUUCAGCCGGUUGGUGGCAAAGGGUUCUUCGGAGUUACGCCUGCAGGUGGAGGUGGGGGUGGUGGAGGCGGUGCUCAAAGCGCCUACUUUGGAGUCGGCGGCAGCGCACCAGGAGGAGGCGGAGGAGGGUUUGAUGGAGCUCGUAGUUCUUACUUCGGCGUCGGUGGUGGUGGUGGUGGCGGAGGAGGAUGUUCAAAGCCGGCAGGAGGAGGAUACAGUGGCGGAAUGGCGGGCGGUGGUGGAGCCGGGGCACAAAGUGUAUAUAUGGCGGCUGGAGGUGGAGCUUGCGGCGGCGGCGGCGGAGGAGGAGGAGGAGGAGGAGGAGGAGGAGGAUUUGAUGGUGGAGCACGAAGUGCAUACUUUAUGCCUAAGUAG